AUGCCAAGGACAGGGUGGGUGGAUGUGGUGUCUGUGUCUGGGCUGGAUAUGCGGAUGGAGGUGGGUGGUGUGAUGGGAUCUGCGGUCGUCCUGGCCGAGCGGAACGUACUCCAGUGGACGGAGGAUGCGGGAGACGCCGGCGGAGGAGGCGCCGGUCGAGGUGGCAUCGUCGUCGUUCCAGAACGCGAGGAGGAUGAGAGCGCGGUAGAUGCGCUCGCUGGAGGCGACGGCCGCGAGCGAGGGCGAGCACCGGGGGAGAUUCACGUUGAGCGAGUAGAGGAAGAUCUUCUCGAUCAGCUCGACGGGGAGGCGCUCCAGUCGGGAGAGCUUCUUUUUCCCGGGGCGAUGGUGCUUGGCCGGGUGUGGCACUAG